UACAGCUCUGGGAACGCAUCGAAUAUGAAUUGGAAACUUUUAAAAAAAUGUUUUUUGAAUGUUGAAUUUGAUGACAAAUUUAAUUAACAACAUCCAAAUGGAUAAAGAAACCAUGUCCACCCAUUUUGGUCUAUCAAGAACUUUGAAAAGGACAGGCAGUUUGUCUUCGAGAACGGUCAGAAUAGUGAUACUGGGCCAAGCGGCUGUUGGCAAAACUGCAAUGGCUGUGCGAUUUAUCACUAGAAGAUUCAUUGGCGAGUAUGACCCAACACUCGAGACCAUAUACAGACAUGAAAUGUCUAUUGGUGGUGAUGUGGUGCACUUUGAAAUACUGGACACAGCAGGACAAGAGGAAGAUGCCCUGCUAAUCGAAGAGAAGAUCAAGUGGGGAGAUGGAUUUGUCAUUGUGUACUCUGUAACAGACAGGUGUAGCUUUGACGAGGUCAUGCGCCUCUGUUUCCUCGUCAAUCACAUCCACUCCUCUUCAGGCGCCCGCAAGUGCAGCCCUGAGCCUCCACCCAUAGUUAUUGUGGCCAACAAGAAGGACCUUGAGUUUGACCGCAUGGUGAGCACUGAGGAUGGAGAGGGCCUGUCACAGGGCCUAAAACUGCCCUUCCAUGAGAUUUCAGUGCGUGACGGAUGGGAAGAGACAGCGGGCGUCUUUAAUGUUCUUUAUGGAGAUGUGAUCCAUCAACUUGACACUUCCCCAGCCUCAUACCGCAGGAGAGCAGUCUCCAAGCUGAUGGAGAAGAUCCCCAGGAUCAACUCCAAUCCUCCUGGCACCCCUGGCCGCAGCUUCAGCUUCAGCUCAUUCAGGGACUUCCUGCCUGACUGAGCCGGAUGGGUUGGGGCUCUGAACAGCGGCUGUGAUUUGGGUAUUCACAGGGGAAACAUGAAACAUGUUGUUUUGGCAGCGUGCCUCUAGAAUAGCUGUGUUAGUGCUCUAUGGAAAGUGAUGCACUUGGACACCUGGAUAAGAGACUUGGACACAUUAGAUCUGAAAAUGGAUCUAGCAAUUACUGUAGAAUGUAAUUCUAUAAACAUUUGUGGGGACAAUAUUUAAAUCAAGCGUAAUAAGAGUAGUACAAUUGUGUUUUGUAUUUUGAUGAGACAUGAACAACAAAUUAAAUAUCUAGAAACAUCUAGAAAUAAAAUGUAACUAUUUGUUGCGGUAUCAAAUGACUAAAAUGAACAUUCUGCAGAUGUUCUUAAUAUAGGAUAUUUUUGAAAGUAGAAGAGGCAGGUGUAUUUGAUCUUUCCUCAAGAUGUAAUCUUUAAAGCAGUAGAAAGCAUUACCUGCUUAGAUGUUUGUCACGGUUUCGGCCGAGGCUGCCUCUCUUCCUUGUUCGGGCAGGCAUCGGCGUUCGUUGU